UUACUAACAUCUUUGAAUGGUGUUUACGUGAAGCGCUGUAGAAGGGUGCACGUGUUUGUAAAUAGCUGUUGUGGUUUAGUAAGAAAUGACGAAAAUACGUAAACAGAAGAGGAAGAAGCGCUAUCGUUAUAAUGUAAACCGUAAGAGACAGAGCAAACGACAAAAAAAGGGCGUUACUAUUCCAUGCAAGGAAAUUAAGAAUGCUUGGGAGUCAGGAAAAUCUGUGCAAGAAAAUAUGGCAGAUAUGGGCUUAGCGUAUGAUCCUAAUAAAGUCCUUCCAAUACCCACUGUCAGAGAGAGAAUUGUACCAAGGGAAGAAAUAGAAGAAAAGCCAGAACCCAUGGAGACAGAAGGCCCACGAAAACUGUAUGUUGCAGAAAACUUAGAAGCUGCAGCAAAAGCACCACGAGUCAAAAAAUUUGCUCUCCCCAAGAGUCAGUGUGAAUGGCUUACAUACAUGAUUAAAAAGUAUGGUGAAGAUUACAAAGCAAUGGUGAGAGAUGCAAAAAACACUAAUCAGUAUACUUGGAAACAGAUAAGGGCCAAAGUAAAAGUCUUCAAAGGUAUCCCAGAACAGUACAGCAGUUACAUCAGCUCUGAAGAUAAGCUUACAACUUAAGUUUUAAUACAUCACUAAGAAGUUAAUUGGAUUGUGUUAGCCAGAAAAUGUGCAGACAAUUCUGUUUCAAAUAGCAUUGUUGAAAACAUUGUUUUGUAACUCAGUUGUAUGUAUUGAAUUGAUAAUAUAUGUUUUGUAUUUUUACAUCA